UGAGUGAAAUUCGUCUCGCCUGUAAAAGCCGACAACAGUGAAGCAACAGUUUCUUUUAUGUCCCGGGAGCGCCGAGAAGCGUCGAGAAGCGAAUGAAGUGAAACAAGUGUGAAGAAGGGUGCAGAACUUUUCCUCUUACAAUGGGCCAUGCUGCUCCAUCGCUGUAGGGAGACUCGUAAUUAGGAGAAACAGCAUAAUAACUCUGGCUGCCUAACCGGAUGCAAGAGUUUACAAGAUGAAGAGAUAAAAGUGAUUCGCCAACGAGUGUCUGUGUGGUUGAUUCCAGGGGAGAUAACAUGUGGAAUGUAAAAUCAUAAUCUACGUGCGAGGUGAUUGUGUUUUCAUUUGGAGUAGGGUCCCGUUGUUGAUUCUCGCAGUUGCGAAGGAAGAGAUACCUAGCGCGGAUAGAGGGGCAAGAGUGCUGAGAUUGUGAAGUGCGGUGAAAAAGGUGCCAACAGCAUCCUACAUGGAGUGGGUAUAUGGAAUGAAAAUGAGCAGCCGUUAAUGGCCGGGCCUUGAGUAGAUGCUUUGGCUAUUAAAAGGAUUAUUAAAUGUGGGAAUAGUUUCACGACAUGUGUAUGUAAUUGAAAUAAAGGAAUUUGAUACGUUGGAUAACGUCUGCUGUACAGUGCUGCAGCCUAGAACCUUGGUACGAGCUAAACUGUGGGGACACUAUCCGUUCGAUUUUCAUUUCCGGGGUGGGUGGACAUUGGGGGCAUUUUUCGCAUGACACGCGUCCGGUGGCACCGGUACCAUAGGAAAGUGAACAGCAGCUCGGAAUUGACGCGUGACUGUGUGGGCUAUGCAUGCCCGCGGAGGUUCACAAUGGCAGAGUCGAAGAAAACCAUCCCUCGGGCCGUUGCGGCGUGCCCAUCCCGCGUCCGGUGCGACCUGGAACGUGCAGGUUGUGCGAGGCAAAAUGACGUCCCGAUGUCUUUGGCACGCCUGCCGGGCGCUGGUCCUCGGCAUCGUACUCAUGCUGGUCGGCGGUGGAAUGGCCACAGUCGGAUAUUACGCCAACAACUUUCCUUCGCUUUCCGACGUUAAGAGCAACAGCACUUCAACGAUUCGAAUGAAGAACGACGAGCAUCGAGGUUUACACUUGAACAAUUUGUCCUACGUUGGACCCAUCAUUAUGGGAGUCGGAGGUUUCAUUGUGGUAGCUUCCUGUGUGAUGACGUUCGAGGCGCGGGACUCAGCUGCUAAAGUGGUCCCGGCGCGGUUCAAAUUGAGUGGCAACACCCGGAACGCCAGCCGUAACACCACAUCUCGUCGAUCCACAACUGUAUCGAAUGGACCGGCCGCCAACCAGGCAGCAUCGCAAUCCGCCCGAUGGGAGCAACAUUUGGGCGUGUUCCGUACGUCCCCGGCAGUGGAGCAGGUUCCGGAUCGAAAAGCACUGACGGCAGCGUUGGUUCACUUUUCCAGAGCACUGGGAACGCCAAAAGCAUCUCACCCUCAAUGUGAAAGCCGACGGGUUUCCCGCAGCGGUUCCGUGCCAAAUUUAUCCGUCGACAAGUUGCCCGUCCCGCCGGUGUCCGGUUCUCCGGCUGGCGAACGUUCGACUGUAAAGCACCAUCGCGGAGCACGUGUCAGCAGCAUGGUCCAACGGUCUACGCGCGAAACGAACAGCAGUCUGCUGCAUCCGGCCGCGCUCCAUUACCAUCGACAUGCACUCUCAGUCGACGAACCGGAACCAUUCCCAAAAAAUCUGAACCAAACCGGAUCACACGGUUCGAUGCAUUAUGGACACCCGACCGACAUGCCGAUGGUGCACAAGAUGCGUGACCGGACCAAGCGUUCCGACACGGCCCGGAAGCAUGUUCUCUCGCGGCAGACAAAGAUAGAGAAGGACGAACCGGUCUCUAGCCCCAAGCAUAAUCCGCUGGCGAGCAGUCGGCGCUCGUCGACUAUUUCGAACGCUUCAUCCAAGCUCAACAAGAACGCCAGCAGCAGACGUGCCUCAACUGUAUCCAAAACACCCAGCGUCGACUCGAGGGGAGCAGCCUCGACAGUGGAGGUCAACAGCCCCGAGCGGUCUAAUCUGGCAGUGACAUUGCGAAAGACAAACAGUACGGCGCAGAUGUCUACGCCCUCGGUGGAGAAGGAGUGCCGGAGUCAACUGUCAAUAUGUUCCGAGCCAGCAAUGGUGCCUCGUAAUUUGUCCUGUCAAUCGAGCUUAGAACCAUGUGUCCCUGAGGAGGACAGCCCUGAGCAGGAAGACCCAUCGCAGUUUGCGCAAAGGUCUUCUAUCAGCCAUGGCCAUCAACAGGUCAGUGGUAACGCCUCAUCGAACAAAUCUGCCCCACCGGGAAGGGAUGGAUCCCAAUCUACGGUUGCGAUUCGACCGGGCUCGUUAGUGCUGGCGAGCAGAACCGCAACCACUGACAACGGGCUGACCGAGCAGCAGCGCCCGCCGAACGAGAAAGCCAAUCGCUUUCUCUACCGUAGCAAUUCCACUAGGAGCUUCCGGAAACCAAAGCCGAAAAUCAAAAGCAAAAAACUAAGCAACGAAUACGAUCAGAUAUAUGUGAUUAGUAGCAGCAGCGAUGUAGGUCUCGAGCACGGAAGCACGGUGGUCGGCCUGACCAGCACCGGAAAUAAUCGUUAUCCUAAUUUCCAUCAUGCACGUGAUGAUGACUGCUACGACUCGAUAGAAGUGAUUCACGAGCGACGAUGUAAAAACUUUAGCAAAUUCAACAGCGUAUGUGGAGAUGUGAAAAAUCCAGUGGGAAACCAAGUUGGUGUGGGUUCGUCUACCUGUCGGCAAGAAGAAGAAAGAAUUGACCUUGUUGGGGAAAGUCUAGGUUUGAACAAAUUUAGUGUAGUGGCCGACAUUUCACCUGCCAUGGCCAAUCACGAAGAAAGUCCGGAGAAGCAUCCUGAAGCGCUGACUACAAAGACGACUGCCAUUGACUACUCCAGUGGGGCUGGGGGAAGUGCUUCUGGCUCUACCGAUGCUGACAACGACGACGAAGAGACCACAGAUCAUAAUGGCUCUAUACAACGGUAUGAUACGGUUAUCUAUAAUGCAGGCGCCAGCAGCGUCGAAAGUGAAGAAACGGUGGCGACACCACUGAAUGGCGUUGAUGACGGUGAGCGAAAGACUGUCACCGAGGGCAGUAGUGCAAAUAGUGAGGAGGUGGUGGUGAUGGUGGUGGGUAGCUUAGGCGGAACUCGUGAUACGGCAUACAGUGGUGACGACGAAGAGAAUGCUGCAACAUAGGACAGGCUAACUACCUGAACGACUAAAGAUGAUGGUAAUAACGUGAUGCUGAGGAGUGAACGUGUGCAUGAAAGAGUGAACGAGUUGAUAAGCGUAUGACAAGGGUUGAUGAGAUUUGCUUUUGUUCAUUCAGUUCUAAUCCGAUUAUAUUAUGUGGCCUUUGGUUCUAAUUUUAUGAAAGAGUGUCAGGUUUUAAGCUAUAUGACUUUGUUGAGGUUGAUAGAAACUACUAUGAAGAAAAAAAAAUCAGUAUAACCUCUCCUGAUAAAUAUUAUCGAAUAUUGUCUUACUGAAAGCAUU